CCAUUCAUAGCAUGUCAAAAUGUAUUAAUGUUGCCAGUAGACAAAAAAUUAACUAAAGUGGGGUAAUAGAAUGAAAAACAAUAUUGUCAAAAUAUUUCGAUGUACUUCAUUCAAUUUCAGGCAUUAUGAAUACUUUAUUGUUUAAUUUCUAGCUGAAAGAUGGAAAGUUGAACAUUGUCUCUGGUUUUAAAUUGUGUUGUUCCAAUGGUAAUUUAUGUAUUUAUUUUGUAAUGUGAUUACUAAACUAAAUUGUUUAUCGAAAUUGGUGGUAUUUUUUACUUGUACUAAUACUUUUUUUUUAAUUGCAUGUACUUAUUACUUAUUUAUCUACAUUCAACCUAUAACACUUGCCGUAUCAAAUGAUAUUAAGAUUUUAUUUGAGGAUGGGAAAAAACUCAUGACUAAGUGUUUUUAUAAUCUUAUUUUCCAGUAAAAAAUUUAAUCAUUAGUUCUUCUAUAGUGAGCGACCAUGUUGAAUGCCAUUUGCAAUGACAAAGUACAGGAAAAGUACGGGUUAAGAACAUAUCAUACUUGUAACGUUUUAUAUGAUUACAAAAUUGCUAGUUUUAGCCGUUCAAAUAACUUUGCCAGCAGAAAAAGGCACUCAAUUCAAAUUAUCUAUGGGACGAUAAUCCUUCGCACGCAGAUGUUCUAAAUUUGUCGAUUUUUUUCUACUGAUGGAAAUGACAUGACAGACUAUAUUUAAUAUUUAAACCUUUAGGUUUGAUCCUUCUCCUUUUAUUUAUGCUUAGAGCAUUUAACCAACUGGAGUCAUUUUUAAGAGCUUACAUGGUCAAUGGCAAUGGUCAUACUCACGUCAUACUUAUUGUAUGGACUGACGUCUGACGUUUAUCUGACAUCAGUUUGUACGUUACGUACUCCAGGCGUACAGUACGUACAGGCGUUUCCAGCUGGUUAAGUCUCCCGUCAGUCUCCAGCUGUUCUAGAGUCAGACCAAGAUAUAUAAGUUGGCAGCGAUUUUGCAACUGUUAUUUUAAACGACAAACUUCUAUGAAAUUAUGUCGUUUCCUUAACACCUGCCCUGGGCUAUCAAAGUCGCUACCAACUAAUCUUGGUCAGACUCUAAGCCUAUUUGCCCCGGUUCGGUUUACCCCGAAAGUGAGGGUUCAUUGAUUCUCUUGAAUGGGUUACGGGAAAUCUUGCUCUGGCAACACUGAAUAAUUCCAAAAUGGCAGAAUGCGACUUUCGUGUGUUAUCAUGUGAGCCGAUUUAAUAAUGUUUUCUUGAAUAUUUGGUGUUGAGUGGAUUAUAAAAUUGUGUAACAGUGAAAAGUGACCUAAUAAACCAUGGCGGACUUAAAAUCACCGCCGUUCAGUGAUAUUAAAAGACCUGAGGAAGUCGUCAGGAUGACGACAAAUGAUAGCCUGAAAUUUGGAGUUCUUAUCGGGCUGAUUGAAGUCGGACAAGUGACCAACAGGGAGCUGGUGAACACCGUCCUGCACCUGCUGGUGGGCGGCGAGUUCGACAUGGAGCUCAACUUCGUCAUCCAAGACGCGCAGAACAUCCAGCACAUGCUGGAACUGCUGGACCACUGCCCGCCCAGCUUACAGGCGGAGAUCUGGUCUGUGUUCAUCGCGAUCCUUCGCAAGAGCGUCCGCAACCUGCAAGCCUGCACCGACGUGGGAUUAAUCCACCAUGUGCUGCAGCGAUUGCCGCGCGCCGAGACCGUUGUCGCAGAUCUCCUCAUCGAGAUGCUGGGAGUGCUGGCCAGCUACAGCGUCACAGUCAAAGAGCUGAAGCAGCUAUUCAGUGCCAUGAAGGCAGUCAAUGGCAAAUGGCCCCGGCACUCGGCGAAGCUGCUGAAUGUGCUCCGGCAGAUGCCGCACCGGAACGGCCCGGACGUGUUCUUCAGUUUUCCCGGACGGAAAGGCUCGGCCGUGGUACUCCCUCCGCUGGCGCGGUGGCCCCACGAGAACGGGUUCACGUUCACCACGUGGUUCCGGCUGGACCCCAUCAACUCGGUCAACAUCGAGCGGGAGAAGCCCUACCUGUACUGCUUCAAGACGAGUAAAGGCGUGGGUUACACCGCGCACUUCGUGGGCAACUGUCUCGUGCUGACUUCCAUGAAGGUGCGGGGGAAGGGGUUCCAGCAUUGUGUCAAAUACGAGUUCCAGCCCAGGAGAUGGUACGCGAUCGCGGUGGUCUACAUCUACAACCGGUGGACCAAGAGCGAGAUCAAGUGCCUCGUCAACGGGCAGCUCGCCUCCAGCACUGAGAUGGCGUGGUUCGUCUCCACCAACGAUCCAUUCGAUAAGUGCUACAUCGGAGCGACAGCUGAGCUGGACGAGGAGCGCGUGUUCUGCGGUCAGAUGGCUGCCAUCUAUUUGUUUGGGGAAGCACUCACCACUCACCAGAUCUGCGCCAUGCACCGUCUAGGUCCAGGGUAUAAGAGUCAGUUCCGAUUCGACAACGAAUGUAACAUCAGCCUACCGGAAAACCACAAAAGGGUGAGCGAACAAGCCGCUCUCCUGCUUGCGAACGCAGAAGUCCCCCCACCCGAACCCGAAAACCCCCCUCCUGAUCCCCCUGAACUCGAAACCCAAGACCCCGCUUCGCUGGAAGAUACGAAGGCGGCAGAAACUGAAGAAGCAUGCGUAGUUGUUAAAGAAGACUCGACGCCUCGAGGAAGAAAGAUGGCAGAUGAGGCGCGCGAAGUGGCCGCCGCGCAUGCGUCGCUACUCGUAGAUAUUGAAGCAUGCAAGCGUGUUCUCUACGACGGCAAAUUGUCCUCGGCGAUAGUGUUCAUGUAUAAUCCCGUGGCAACCGACGGGCAACUUUGUCUGCAGUCCGCCCCUAAAGGCAACGUCUCGUAUUUCGUCCACACGCCGCACGCUUUGAUGCUGCAGGAAGUAAAAGCUGUUGUAACACACUCUAUACACAGCGCGCUGAACUCCAUUGGCGGGGUGCAAGUUCUGUUUCCGCUCUUCGCGCAACUGGAUUUGCCGCAUGAUGCUCCGGCCACAGACCCGAAGCGCGACCCCAUGCUAUGCUCGAAACUGCUCGGUUUCGUGUGCUCGCUCGUGGAAUCCUGCGCCACAGUUCAGCAGCACAUGCUCCAAUGUCGUGGGUUCCUGGUCAUCUCACAUAUGCUACAGCGCUGCAGUCGAGACCAUCUGACGCCGGAGACGCUGGCUUCGUUCCUGCAUCUGACGAAGCAUCUUGUCACGUGUUGCUCUCCUAAUUCGGAUUUGCUUUUGAAACAGUCUUUCUGCCAAUCCUUCUUGACUUGGCAGUUGCUGGAUCACGUGCUCUUCAACCCGGCGUUAUGGGUUCAUACCCCAGCGGCAGUCCAAGCUAGGCUGUACUGCUACUUGGCAACGGACUUUCUUGCUGACGCUCACAUCUACGGCAGCGUGCGGCGCGUCAGCACAGUUCUGCAGACCGUACAUACGCUCAAGUUCUACUAUUGGGUGGUUAAUCCGAGAGCAAAAAGCGGCAUCACGCCCAAAGGAUUAGACGGUCCCCGACCGGCGCAUAAAGACAUCCUCACGAUUCGAGCUUACAUUCUACUGUUUUUGAAACAACUUAUUAUGAUUGGAAAUGGUGUGAAAGAGGAUGAACUUCAGUCUAUCUUGAACUACCUUACCACCAUGCAUGAGGAUGAAAAUCUACACGACGUUCUACAAAUGCUCAUUUCGCUGAUGUCUGAACAUCCCAGUUCCAUGGUACCAGCUUUCGACGCCAAAGGUGGAGUGCGGACGAUCUUCAAGCUGCUGUCGUCGGAGAGCCAAUUAAUCAGGCUGCAGGCGCUCAAGCUGCUCGGCUUCUUCCUGAGCCGAAGCACACACAAGCGAAAAUACGAUGUAAUGUCGCCACACAACCUCUACACGCUCCUCGCUACGCGUCUCGCCGGCGGCGGCUCCGGCGGUGAGGCGCUAGCCUUACCCGCGUACAACGCCCUCUAUGAGCUCCUGACAGAACAUGUUGGUCAGCAAAUACUGUACACGAGUCAUCCGGAGCCGCAGCCGCACUUUAGACUCGAGAAUCCUAUGAUCCUAAAAGUCGUCGCCACGCUCAUCCGUCAAUCGAAACAAACAGAACAGCUCCUCGAAGUAAAGAAGCUCUUCCUCUCCGACAUGACUUUACUCUGUAGCAACAAUAGAGAGAACCGCCGAACCGUCCUCCAAAUGUCCGUCUGGCAGGAGUGGCUGAUAGCAUUAGCGUAUAUACAUCCAAAGAACGCUGAGGAACAGAAGAUAUCGGACAUGGUGUAUAGUUUGUUCAGGAUGCUGUUGCAUCAUGCGAUUAAGCAUGAGUAUGGGGGGUGGAGGGUGUGGGUUGAUACGCUCGCUAUCGUGCAUUCUAAGGUGUCAUACGAAGAAUUCAAACUUCAGUUCGCCCAAAUGUACGAGCACUACGAGCAACGGCGAGCUGACAACAUCACCGACCCCGCGGAGCGGCAACAGCGCCCCAUCUCCACCAUCUCCGGCUGGGACCGCCCCGACCCCACACCACCAGAACCAACUCAUAAGAGCCAUCAUGCCGCCCAGACGGAAAUUGGCAAAGGUCUUUCCCUAAGAGAGGUCGAAGCCUGCAGUUGUACCAAUAAAGAAGAUACAAGUGACGACACGCGGACUACAGAACCUGUGUACAGUGAAGUGUGUAAAGCCCAUAGUCCUAUAAAAAAUACCGAAGUGCCCUGCGUCGACGGUUGUGAUAGUGUUAAAUGUACAGAUAGUGAGCAUGCUGUGGAUGAAGACGGACGACGCAGCGAGACCGGCGCGGAGAAUGAGCUAGUGCAGUCUAUUCUUAAUGAAAAUAUUCUUCUAGAAAGUUCCGAGUCUGGAUUGGGAACGAUAGAAGCGGAUUCAGAGAAAACUGACAAACCUUUGUCUAGACAGGGGAGCUUAGAUUACAUUCCAGUGAGAGACGUAGGCGAAAAUGUACUUAAAGAUGAUAACACGGAUAAAAGCGAAGGUAUUCCUUCUAGUUUAUCAGUGAGCGAAACGGCAAGUCCGGAACGCGUCGCUGAUCCCUUAAAUUUAUCGAAUGAGAGAGAAUCUGAACUAUCAGAUCCGUCCGAAUUAUACUUAACUCCCAGUGAAGCGACUAGUCCUAAGAAAACACAAGAUAAGACUGACUCAAUCAUUCCUGAUGAUAUUGACAGCGAUGAUCCAAAGCACAUCGCGAUAAACAUUGUUAAUGACGUGUUGUCGAUAGCGCUCGAAACUGUGAGGCUAAAAGCUGAUGAUGACACUGACUCUGGGGCCAUUUCAGGUGGAUUGCAUUCAGAAGGCAACACUCCCAAUGGUCGAGAAGAUUUCGAACAAGAAAUCGAAGAAAUUAUUGAUGAAAAGCGAACAGCUGAAAUGAUCGCUAACGAAGUUAUCACAGAUAUACUAUCCUCUGUUGUAACUAGGAGUGAACAGAAACAGAGUGAACUAGUAGAAGAAGAAGAUAACAGCCACCAUAGAGUGAUACCAUCCGACCAUCCACACGAAGGAAACGUUCUGCCCUUAGACGGUGAAUUCUUAGUCGAUUCUCCGCGAAAAGAACCAGUGGAAAGAAUCGAAACCGAAGAAGUAGACGAAGUUACAAAAGAAAAUGCGAAAAACGAGAGCCAAAGAAUGGAAACCAACGAACCAGAGGAGCAUAAAACUCCAGAAAUCCCACCGAUUUCGACAAUUAGCGAAAAUAUUUCCCUUGUAAACAAGAAGGAACAAGAGAAUGAAGAGGAGAGAAAUCGUGAAACGAACGAAAGGGACAAGAGAAGAGUGAGCUUACCGGGUGAUAACGAGAUGAAGCAGGAUAGCAAUAAGAGCGAGGGUGUUUCCUCGCAAGGGACGAACACGUCGACAUCACCGAAGAGGCCGCGAAGUGCAUCUACCAGCACUCAAGUAGAUUCCAAUCACUUUGAAACCAAGCGGCCAUCAAAGUGUUCUCGGCCGAUGUUUUCGCCGGGACCAACGCGGCCGCCGUUCCGCAUACCGGAGUUCCGCUGGUCAUACAUACACCAGCGACUGCUUUCUGAUGUCCUGUUCUCUUUAGAGACUGAUAUCCAGGUAUGGCGCAGCCACUCAACCAAAUCCGUCAUCGAUUUCGUAAAUAGCAGCGAGAACGCCAUCUUCGUGGUAAACACCGUCCAUCUGAUCAGCCAGUUAGCGGACAACCUCAUCAUUGCCUGUGGAGGUCUGCUGCCUUUACUAGCGUCCGCUACAUCACCCAACAAUGAACUGGACGUAAUCGAACCUACCCAAGGCAUGCCAGUCGAAGUAGCAGUAACUUUCCUACAACGACUAGUCAGUAUGGCCGAUGUGCUCAUCUUCGCCAGCGCUCUCAACUUCGCCGAGCUAGAGGCGGAGAAAAACAUGUCCAGCGGCGGAAUCCUCCGCCAGUGCCUUAGACUGGUGUGCACGUGUGCGGUGCGCAAUUGCCUCGAGUGCAAGGAGCGGCAGCGGUACGCGACCGCCCGCGCCACGCGACAAGGCGACUCUUCGCCCAAGAGCGUGGUGGCAAGCUUGGCCGAUACUUCGAGUCCUGUCAAGGACCCAGAGAGACUACUUCAAGAUAUGGACGUCAAUCGACUGCGAGCCGUUAUCUAUCGAGAUGUGGAGGAGACGAAACAGGCGCAGUUCCUAUCACUCGCCAUCGUGUAUUUCAUCUCCGUGCUAAUGGUGUCCAAAUACCGCGACAUACUUGAGCCGCCCGCGCAUACAGCGCAAGAGUGCGUGCGCAGGCCACACCAUGGGCAUGAUCACCACGGCUCGCGGCCGCUGUUCCCGCAGUGGUCGCACCACGUGUACCCGCAGUUCCUGCCCGGUGCGCACCCCGCCCACCGUCCCGCGCACGCGCACUGCAAGCUCGACUGUCACGCGCACGCACGCAUCGGUAGCUACCGCCCGCACGCAGAACACAACGGCGAUGACGUGGAAUACGCCAUGAUAGUUGUCGACGAGAACAACUCUACUAUGAACGAGUUGGACUCUCCGUCUAUGAAGGAGACGGAAGAGUCAGAUGGAGUCGCGAAAAUUGAAACAAGCACGGACGAAGUGAAACCACACGGAGAGAAGCCGGCCUCAGAGACUUCGGCCUCGACUUUGACGGCCCCGGCGACACCUGGGGCCUCGCAGUCCCCAAGUUCUGAGAAAGAAGAACCCCUAUUUAAGUCCAGCCUUCGGGUGAAGCAACCUAAGAUUAAGCCUCCAACUGCAAGGUCCAAAACUUUAUCCGGGAUAACGGUGUCAGUGGUCAAUUUGAGCGUGGACUCUAUUGAGGAUGCCGGAUCUUUCCACCUCAACUCAACGGAGACCACAAACAACGAUCCUGAGUCUUCCAGCGAGAUCGCUUUAGAUGAUAACAAACAUCCGGUCAGCAACGAUGAAUCGUGGACAGACGUGAACCUUAACGAAGAUGGAGAGAGAGGUCCAGCCACAAUUACUGGCAGGACGAGAGACCACGAAGGCAAUAUACAUGAAGACAUUGAGAAAUCCCUUCACGCGCGCAACAACGAGCAUCAUCAUUUGCAGCGGCACCAGAACAGGAGUCUGCAGGUUGCGCAAAGGCAUCUACAUCCGGAUAACGAGACAUUAGCCGGUCUAAACGCCAUGAACGCCACGAUGUCUGCGGACGGCGUAUCCCGAGAAGCAUCUUUAACACACAAAUUGGAAACCGCAUUAGGGCCCGUUUGUCCCCUACUGCGGGAAAUUAUGUUGGACUUCGCGCCUUUCUUGUCGAAGACGCUGGUUGGAAGUCAUGGGCAAGAGCUUCUUAUGGAGGGUAAAGGUCUCCAAACCUUCAAAUCCAGCACAUCAGUUGUCGAACUGGUCAUGCUCCUGUGUUCUCAAGAAUGGCAGAACUCCCUUCAAAAGCACGCCGGUUUAGCCUUCAUAGAGUUGAUAAACGAAGGGAGAUUACUAUCGCACGCUAUGAGGGAUCACAUCGUGAGGGUCGCGAAUGAGGCGGAAUUCAUAUUGAACAGGAUGAGGGCUGAUGAUGUCUUGAAGCAUGCAGAUUUUGAGUCACUAUGCGCCCGCACGAGCAGCGAGCGCGCCGACGAGGAGCGCACCUGCGAACGUCUCAUCGCCGCCGCGCGCCGCCGCGACCACGCCGCCGCCGCGCGUCUACUCGACAAACUGCGACAUUCGCCCGGCGCCGGCAGCGCUGCGGCUGGAAGCACGAGUCAAUUCUGGAAACUAGACUCUUGGGAGGACGACGCUCGGCGCAGAAGGCGCCUGGUGCCCGACCCGCGCGGCCAGCGCCACGCCGCCGCCGCGCUGGCGCGCUCCCCCGCCGCGCCGCCGCCGAGCGACGCCAUAUUACAAGCAACGGAAGAACUCCAUGCCCGAAUCGCGGCGGGCGGCGCGGGGCGGGGCGCACAGCUGCCUACGCCGGCGGCCGCCGAGCUCCUCGAUGAUGCUGAACUCCUGGUGGAUGAUAGGGAAAUUGAUGCUGAUCUUACCGGCCCAGUGAACAUAAGUACGAAGGCGAGACUAGUAGCUCCAGGAUUGGUCGCUCCGGGCACCGUCUCUUUGACGUCAACGGAGCUGUAUUUCGAGGUGGACGAGGAAGAUCCGGAGUAUAAGAAGAUUGACCCUGAGGUUCUAAAAUACUGCGAGCACCUUCACGGAAAAUGGUACUUCAGUGAGAUCCGUGCCAUCUUCUCGCGCCGCUACCUGCUGCAGAACGUAGCCAUAGAAAUGUUCCUCGCCAGCAGAACAUCAAUAUUCUUCGCAUUCCCGGAUCAAGCCACGGUGAAGAAGGUGAUCAAAGCCCUGCCCCGCGUCGGCGUCGGCAUCAAGUACGGCAUCCCGCAGACCAGACGCGCAUCGAUGAUGUCCCCGAGGCAACUCAUGCGCAACUCCAACAUGACGCAGAAGUGGCAGCGCCGAGAGAUCUCCAACUUCGAGUACCUCAUGUUCCUCAACACUAUCGCUGGUCGAACAUACAACGAUUUGAACCAGUACCCCGUGUUCCCGUGGGUCCUCACCAACUACGAGAGCGAGGAGCUAGACCUGAGCCAGCCCUCCAACUACAGGGACCUGUCUAAGCCCAUCGGCGCUUUGAAUCCGAGUCGGCGUGCGUACUUCGAAGAGCGUUACAACACGUGGGAGCACGAAUCCACGCCGCCGUUUCACUACGGCACACAUUACUCUACCGCCGCCUUCGUGCUAAACUGGCUUGUGCGAAUCGAGCCGAUGACAACGAUGUUCCUGGCGCUGCAGGGGGGCAAGUUCGACCACCCCAACCGGCUGUUCUCCUCCAUCGCCAUGUCCUGGAAGAACUGCCAGCGAGACACGUCCGACGUCAAGGAGCUGAUCCCUGAGCUGUUCUUCCUGCCCGAGAUGCUUGUAAAUAGCGCAGGCUACCGCCUAGGCCUGCCCGAUUCACCGUCAGGAGACGUCAUCCUUCCACCCUGGGCCUCGUCAGCUGAGGAGUUCGUGCGGAUCAACCGCAUGGCGCUCGAGUCAGAGUUCGUGUCAUGUCAGCUUCAUCAGUGGAUCGACCUCAUCUUCGGAUACAAGCAGAGAGGACCCGAGGCCGUCCGCGCCACCAACGUGUUCUACUACCUAACCUAUGAGGGAGGCGUCCGUCUCGACCAAAUCACCGAACCCGUCACCCGCGCGGCCGUGGAAGACCAGAUCCGAAGCUUCGGACAAACCCCAGCGCAAUUACUCAGCGAACCGCAUCCACCAAGGGCGUCUACUAUGCAUCUGGCGCCGUUGAUGUUUGCUGCGGCCCCUGAUGAUGUGUGCCUCAGGCUGAAGCUGCCGUCUAAUGCCGCUGUUGUUCAUGUGUCUGCGAACACGUAUCCGCAGCUUGCGAUGCCUGCUGCCGUUACGGUGAGCGCGGCGCGCGCGUUCGCGGCGCACCGCUGGGUGGGCGGCGGCUGCGCGCACGCGGGCGCGCGCCACGCCGCCGACCACGCCGCGCCGCCCGCCGCGCCGCUGCUCAUGGACCCUGUCUGGGCGAACGGCGGCGCCGCUGCGUUAGCGCGACGACAGCUCGGCGAUAACUUCUCGCAGCGAGUACGCGCGAGAACCAAUUGCUUCGUGACCACGGUGGACUCGCGGUUCCUUAUCGCGGCUGGCUUCUGGGACAAUUCCUUCCGCGUCUUCUCUACAGAGACAGCCAAGAUCGUCCAAAUCAUCUUCGGCCACUACGGCGUCGUCACAUGCGUGUGCCGCUCGGAGUGCAACAUCACGUCGGAUUGCUACAUCGCAUCCGGGUCGGAAGACUGCACCGUGCUGCUGUGGCAUUGGUCCGCGCGGCACGGAGGCAUCGUGGGUGAAGGCGAGACCCCGGCGCCGCGCGUCACGUUGACGGGCCACGACGCUCCCAUUAACGGAGUCCUGGUGUCUGCUGAGCUCGGCUUGGUUAUUUCUUCGUCAGUCAACGGCCCCGUGCUGAUCCACACGACGUUCGGCGAGCUGCUGCGCGCGCUGCCGGCGGCGGAGGGCGUGGCGGCGCCGCGGCAGCUGGCGCUGUCGCGCGAGGGCGUGGUGGUGGUGGCCUACGCGCGCGGACACCUCGCCGCCUACACGCUCAACGGCCGCCGCCACCGCCACGAGACGCAUAACGACAACUUCCAGUGCCUGCUGCUGUCCCGCUGCGGCGAGUACCUGGUGUGCGGCGGCGACGCGGGCGUGGUGGAGGUGUGGCGCGCCUUCACGCUGGCGCCGCUCUACGCCUUCCCGCCCGCCGGCGCGCCCGUCUGCUCGCUCGCGCUGUCGCACGAUCAGAAGUGAGUACCUUAUACUGUGUACUCGCAGAGCCUGCUGCUGUCCCGCUGCGGCGAGUACCUGGUGUGCGGCGGCGACGCGGGCGUGGUGGAGGUGUGGCGCGCCUUCACGCUGGC